AGCCUCGUUUUGAUACAUAUUUUCGUCCUCUUUGCCAUCCGUGGCCAUAUUGGUAAGGAAGACCUACUAUAGAUGAAGAAAUCGGUUUGAUAGUGGGUUUUGUAAUGGCCAUCGGUCGAGUUUGUCAUCAUAUAUUAAAAAGACAGUACCCCUUCUAUCCCAUAAGAGAUAUAUUUUGUUGUCUUUUGAGGUUUUCUCAGAGCAAAAUCACAGAUAGUGUCACGUUCCAAGAAGACACUGCAUUUAAUUUACAGCAACGUAGAGUAAAAAUAUUCUAUUUUUAUGACAGUUUAGGACAUUUGAUGUUAACAUGGAGAUUAAAAUAUUUUUAUUUAUCACGACUCUAGGAAAGUCUGCUUUUGAGUAAAGUUUCAGUAAUUUUAGUGUACAGCAUUGUAAAAUUCAGUUGCAUAUGAUUCUUGCUCUUCGAUUCAAGUCAGCUGUGAAGUUUUUUUUUCGAAGCUCUCCUAUUUUUGAAAAUAAACUUGUUUAAGCCAAAUAUUUCGUUUGGGCAUGCAUAGUGCAUGCUGUCUAGUUUUUUAUGAGUUUAAAAAAGGCCCAAGAUGAAUACAGUAUUCCAGUUAUCAAUAGAAUCUGAGUGUUCAAUAUUCAGAGUAAAAGAACUCGAUGAUAUGUUACACAUUUGAACAUUACUUUUUAUCAUUUUGUAUAUCCUGUAGUUCAAGUACAUGAAUUUCAUUUAUUUACCUUUUCAGUACUUUUUACAUUGCAGUAAAUAUGGGUCGUGUUAUUAGAGGCCAGCGUAAGGGUGCUGGGAGUAUCUUCAAGUCCCAUACCAAACACAGAAAAGGAGCUGCAAAGCUUAGGCCACUGGACUACUCUGAACGUAAUGGUUACUUGAAAGGUGUUGUUAAGGAGAUCAUACAUGACCCUGGACGUGGUGCUCCGUUGGCAGUUGUUAGCUUUAGGGAUCCUUACCGAUACAGGCUGAGAAAGGAGAUCUUCAUUGCUACUGAAGGGAUGUACACAGGACAGUUUGUGUACUGUGGUAAAAAAGGUAAUGUCUUAGUUUUUGUUAAACAUAAAUCAGUGACAAAUCCUUGUGACAAGUUUUUGUAGGCACGUUCAUUCAACCAUACUCUGGAAUAAGAAUACGUGGAUUCAACUCUAGAAAUCACUCGGUUGCUACAUUUGUUACAUUGUAGCAUCUACAAAUGUGGCUGAAACACAAUAUUGAGAUGCAUAUAGUAUUUCGUUGAUCCAAAUCCCCAAGUAAAAUGGAUUUGUAGCACGAUUUCUGUGCAUUCUUGUUCCAGAAUACAGUCAAUCAAAUGUACCCUACAAAAUGGGCACUUUGGAUAGAUUCGGUUAGAUAUUAAAGCUAACAGCACAUUUUUCCUCUAUCAUGGCAUUAUAUUCAUUAUCUAAAUCAACUUUCCGUAUUGGCUUCUUUCAGCGGCUCUCCAGAUAGGAAACUGUUUACCCAUUGGCACCAUGCCUGAGGGAACCAUUGUCUGUAACCUUGAAGAAAAAUCAGGCGACAGGGGCAAGGUUGCUCGUACCUCCGGCAACUAUGCUACAGUAGUAUCACACAAUCCUGAAACCAAGAGAACACGUGUGAAGCUGCCCUCUGGUGUAAAGAAAGUCUACCCCUCUGCCAACCGUGCUAUGAUUGGCAUCGUUGCAGGUGGUGGUCGUAUUGAUAAGCCCAUGCUCAAGGCAGGGCGUGCCUAUCAUAAAUACAAGGCUAAGAGGAACUGCUGGCCUCGUGUCCGUGGUGUUGCUAUGAAUGUGAGUGUCAUUAUUUGGACAUCUGUGACUUCUGGGGAUUUAUUUUACUUCUACAUUAAAGGGCUACAGAAUAGCCAUUAGGCAACAGGUCUUUUGAGAGAUGAUUCUUCAAUUUGGUGUAUAAAUUACACCAAAGUAAUUAAGUUCAGUAAGUUGUCAGUUUUUGGCCUCCAUUUCUUAAUUCUUUCAGGACCCUUUCAUUGAUCCCUUCGAUGCCGAGUAUAGCUUAGUAAUUCCCCUAAUACCUGUUGUGGUUUGCAAGUUCAACAGACCUUAUUAAGUGUUUUCAAUGUAAUAUCCCUUGUGUGUUGUAAAAAAAGAAUGCAUGCAAGUGUAAGCGGGCCACUUUGAAGGUUUAAAUUCUCCUCAGGUGUACCAUCCCAUGAUCUGAAAUUAAACAACAGAACAAAAUAAUGCAUUUAUACUUUGUUUUCAGCCUGUAGAACAUCCUCAUGGUGGUGGUAACCAUCAGCAUAUUGGUACACCCUCAACUGUCCGCCGAGACACUUCAGCUGGACGAAAGGUUGGUCUGAUUGCUGCCCGUCGUACUGGACGAAUCAGAGGUGGAAAGAAGAACCUCAAGGGAGACAAGGAAACAGAUUAG